CCUGUUGGAGAUCCCGGACCGCAAGGAGACGAGGGAGCACCUGGAGCGAGUGGACGUCCUGGUCCACCAGGACCACCUGGAGAACCAGGAGUGCAAUAUACUCCUGGACUGCCUGGUCUUCCUGGGCCUCAGGGACCACGAGGACCUCCAGGAGAACAGGGACCAGCUGGACCUGACGGAAGGAAUGGAGAACCAGGACCGCAAGGCCGUCCUGGUCGUAAUGGAAAAGACGGACAUCCUGGCAGAAACGGGUUGCCGGGACCGCGUGGAGAAAAUGGAAAACAAGGAGCGGAUGCCACAUACUGCCCUUGUCCACCGCGCCAUAAGCGUACCUGA